CCGCACUCCAGGCUGCGUCAAGCAAAGUGUGAACAGGGUGCUGAAGGCCUUGCCCAGGCCACUCUGGCCAGGGCACUUACAACAUGCCCUACUCACUCAGCCUCUCUGGGCCCCCAUUUUCUCAUCUGGAAGACCAGGAUUUGAACUCUUCUCCCUAGGCUGUGAGAGAGUUCAGUUAGCCAUAAACAGGAGAAGGGGUAGGAUGUGGCUCGUCAGCGAGGUGACUCUAUUGUAUGAUCGUUUGUUGAUCCUGGGCCUAGGACUGCCCUAGAGGCCAAGCUCACAGUGGAGCCUCUGCCCAAGCUGGAAUGUGGGGAGUCUCCUCCAGUCCACCUAGGCCCUGGAGGUAGGUGCAGACCCCCACCACAUGACACCUCCUCCUGACAGGCAUCUCAGUGUUCAGAGCAGCCUUUUAAGCCAAAGCAGGCAUGUAAUUCAGUGGUAGAGUACUUGCCUGGCAUGCUCCAGGCCCGAGAUUCAAUACCAGGACAACAAAUAUAAACACAAAAACAACUCCUUAACCAAAACCUGUUCCCAGGUCAGCACUGGAUUCGGAGUGCUGUUGGCAGCCUGUCUUUGACCUCAUGUUAAUGCUGGGGCUCAGGGAAGGCCUGUGCCUUCCCAAAUCUGUCCCCAGGACCUUGUCCCUCCAGAAUGGGGGUCUCUGAGCCUCAGUGCCCCUCAUUACCGCCAAAUGUAGCUGCUGGAAACCACUGUCAGCUACACUGGUCCAGAUGGAAGCCCAGGAGGCCUGUGAGACCCAUCCUGACCCAUCCCUCUGAACUAGCCAAGCUACCUGAGCUCCAGCCUAUUGGGACCCCCACCUGGCAGGUCUCCUGGGACUCCUGAGGGGCCAUGGUCUGCUGUUACUGCAGCUGCCAGCCUCACAUGGACUGCAAAGCCAGCUUGCUGGUCACCUGAUAUUUUGAGUGCAGUGAUAAUGUAGCUCCAGACCCACACUUCAGGGCCUCAAGGACCUGAAGCCUUCCUGCCCUCCACAGCCCCUUCCAAAGUAAGAGCUUCAAGUAGGCCCAUGGCCAGUGCCAGGAGCCAGGGCUCAGCCUGGGACAGUCAGGACCUACACUUCAGCCCAGAGGCAGCUUCCCAGCAGGUAGGCUGGGAAAUCCCCCUUGCAGACUUCCCUCUUACCCGGCCACUUCUGAGACUUGCCUGGUGGAGCCAUCAUCUUGGCACUGGUGCCGAUAAUCAUUGUGUCCCUGAGGUCUUGGCAGCAGUUUUCAGGCCCUAAGUAGAUCCAGAGGCUGGAAUGGGUGUCCAAUAUAUGCCUCUCUGCAUGCUCGCUCUGUCCCACGGCCCUCACGUCUACAUGGCACUGUGAUUUAGCACCCAAAGAAUGGCCAUGCCCGGCCACCGUACUUGUCUUGUGUGCCUAAUGUCCUGUGUGGGGACAGCUUGACUAGGGAAGCUCUAGGGCUGCACAGAAUGUGCAGAAGGACAGACACCUCUGUGCACAGAGACGCCGACACACAUGAAUUCAGGCUGCUGCCCUUCACACCCUGAAUAAGGCUGGGCCUCAAGGGGAGGGUGUGUGCUGGGUGCCUGCCAAGCCUGAGCUCAGCCCAAGCUCAGCCUGAAUUUCUCCUGGGGCUAAGAGCAGGUGCUUGCUGUGCUGGGGCCCGAGAGGCUGAUACAAGCAUCACCUGGCACAGUCUAGUCUCCUCCCCACAGGCCUCCCUGGCAGGUGUCACUGGCAGGGUGGAUUGACUAGGCGGGGCCGUCCCAUGCUGUCUACUGGGCCAGGCAUGCAGAUGAGCAGAAACCAUAGCAGCUCUGCCUACAUCAAUCCUGCAUCCUGGGGCUCAGCUGCAAGGAUUGACAGAAGCUGAGCCUGGAUCGCUGGCAUCUGGAACACUUGGUCUACUCUAUCCUGUGGCCGUGUGGCCAGGAGUAGCCUCCUCCCUGGGCCCUGGACAUCACCUCCACUACCAGAGACCACAUUCCUGCUCAGCUAACCUGAGUCACUCCCUGCCUCAUCUCCAGCUAGGCCUGGACCUACAACCCACAGCCUUCGGGCUUCCCUGCCCUGAGACGGUCCAGCCGGGAUGAUUAGGACUCUCCGACAGUCAGCCCUGGGCUCCAGAGUGGGUACCCUGGCGAGUCCCGGUCUCGCCCUCCUUCUGUCGCUCACUGCCCACUGCUCUGGACCUCAGACUAAGGGCUUCCCCAAGGGAGGGCUGAAUGCUAGUGAAGCCAACACGUGGGUCAGGGACAACACCUCCCUCCUGCAGAACUUUUGGUGCUUGCCAGCCAGCCAGCUACCCCGGGAAGAGCUCUCCACUUUAAUCAGAAACCUGGCUUCGCAGAGGGUCCCGCUCAAAGCCUGGCAGCUCAGCUGCUUGGCCAACCUCGCUGCACGGCAAGGCCUCCAGGACGACUUUGAGUUCCACCCGCCCAACCUCCUGCUUUUCUACGAUCUGAACCAGGUGAGGGACACCAACUGCCGGGCCUUCAUUCACCAUGUUGCCCAAGGAGACACAGAACUGCUGGCCAACUUGCCCAACCAGAGAAUUGCCCUACAGCACACAGCCUUGGCCUGUCUGGGGAAACCCCACCUACAGCUCAGUGCCUCAGACCUGGGGCUUCUCGGGGUCCUGGUAUGUGACAUGGAGGCACCCCAAAUCGUGGCUGCAGACCCUCAUGUGCUGAAGAACCUGCUUCGAUGCCCAAAGCUAACUGUCAUGCAGACUACUGCCCUCAACACCCUGCUGGCCAGUGGGAAGACACAAAUUGGGCCUCCUGGCUCCUGGAACCUGGAGGGGCUGCAGGCCCUGGGACCUCUGGCCACCUACAUCAGCCCCCACCUGUGGGAGAAGGUGCAGGAGGCUGUGGGCUUGGACUUCUUCCGCAGUGUGGUGGCUGCUUACCGGGCAGGUCAGCUGAGCAGGCGUGACGCCAGGCGCUUCGUCACCAACUUCCUGGAGUCCAAGGCCGAUUCCGUGUCCUCAAGGCUCAAGAGGCGCACAGGGAGCUCCUGUGUCCGUGGCAACAUCACAGCAGCCACCCUGCACGAUGACCUCUUCCUGGUGCACUACGACUGUACCCAGCUGGAGUCCUGUCUGGGCACACGUGUGCUCAGGGCCAACCUGGACCCCUUACUGCAGCACCCCCUGCCUGCAGAGUGCCAGCGUGUUGUCAAAGCCAAGCUCGCUCAGAUCUACCCACACGGCAUCCCUGAGGACCAGCUGCACCUCAUCACCUCGCUGGUCUACCUCUACUCCCUCGCUGAAAUAGGCCAGUGGAACAUCACAUCUGGAGACACAGUGAUGGUCCUGCUGGCCUCAGAUGCAGCUCUGGAGAACCAGACAGAGGCAGUUCUACAGAAGUUCUUGGACCAUAACGGCAAGGUUACUGGUGCUCUUCUGGUGGCCAUCGGGGGCUCCCGUCUCUGCUGGAUGAGCCUCAAGCAGAUCCAGAUCAUCCAGCCCUCAGAGUUCCGGCUGGCUGGGGCUCCAGACAUCUCUCCCUGCCCUCAGAGUCGGAAGGAUGUGCUCUUUGCCAAGGCUCAUGAGGUCUUUAGGAACACCAGUACUGUGGGAGAAUACUACUACUUAAUACGCCCCUACCUCGGUGGUGCUCCCUUGGAGGAACUUCAAUACCUGGCCCAGGCCAACAUCUCUAUGGACAUUGAUACGUUCACCAACCUCAACCCCUUCAUGUUGAAGAACCUGAGUGUGGACAAUGUGAGAAGUCUGCUGGGCCAGAAUGUGGGGGACCUGCAGAAGGCCCGCAACCAUCCAAAUGUCGUCCUGUGGAUGCACAACCACAACAUGUCAGACCUGUCUGGGAUGGGCCUGGACACCAGCCCCCCCCUGGCCUAUGUGACCAACAGGCCGCCCAACACUGCCUACCCACCAUCCGAUUUAAUCCAUACCUUGAAUCUGCCUGGGAAUGAUGGCGUUGCCCCCGCCUCAGGAAGCCCUCCAGUUCAUCCGGGGUACCUGUCACUCGCUGUGGCUCUGCCUUCCAGUCUCUUGUGGCUGUACUGUGUCCAGCUACUUGUGGUUGCUACACCUUCAGGACCAAUAGGCGCUGCUCACAGGACACUAAAACCCUGGACACUGCCAAUGGUUCUGACCCAGGGCAGUCAGACCACUGAACAUCAGCUACAGAAGCAACGGAGCUGCUAGAUGGAACAAGACACCCAUCUAGGCUGAAGUACAUGUCCCAGGCCCCAGGGGACCUGCUGUGUUCUCCAUCCUAGGAGACUGGCUUUGGCACACACCUCAGCUCCCAGGACCUGGGCCCGUAAGGAAAUAAGACCUGCCCAGCCACAAGAGCGGGCUGAUAGGAGGAGACAGGUGCCAGACCUUCUGGCCUAUUCCAAGACAAGUGGAACUUGGUGCCCCUUCAAUGUUACUGCCUUCCCUGGUGGGUCUGAAUAAAGCACAAGGCUAUUGUA